AAAAAAACGCCUCCGUUUUUAGCUGUUUUUACCGAGUCCACAGCUACACAACAUCCAAUCCAUCCACCUCUAUAAAUCCGUCUCCCUUCUUCCUCGUGGCACCUUCUCUGGCUUUCUUCGACCGGAGGAUUCCUUCAGGCGUUCUGUAGAAUUAUCGUCAAAAUUUGAAGAUGAAUCACUUUAAUCUUCAUAUGAACGCCAUUGCCUCCUGUGAUGAGACCGAGAAUAGAGGCUUGGUUUCAAUUUGUGAUUCCAAGGGUCCUGUUGUUUGCCCCAAACCGCGCCGAGUUGCAAAUCUGGCUAACUAUUCCAGCAGGACUUUGAGAUGGCACACGAGUCGUCAAGCUGAGAUGUGUGACUCAAAAGCUGGGGCAGAGCUUCUGGACAUUAUCCUCAUGAAGGAUGGUCAUGGGACGGAACAAUCUGCCGCCCAUGUAGCCUCACCACUCCCAUUUUUUUGUGGGUCUCCUCCUGCCCGGGCUGCUAACCCAGUAAUCCAAGAUGCCCGAUUUGGAGAUGAAAAACUUACUCCCAUGUUGCCAUUGUUGAUUCCAUCGCCUUCAAGUUCAUCUUCUCCGACAUCACGCAAAGGAGGAUGCAUGAGAAUGAAGUUUGGGCUUAAACCAGCUGCAGUUAGAGUAGAAGGUUUUGAUUGCCUCAAUAGGGAUCGCCAAAAUUCCAGCAUCCCUGCUAUGGCUUAGGAUUCAUAAAGAUUAAUUGUACAUAGAAGGAAGCUGAAUUACCACCAGAUUCACAAAACACAGCAGUCGUAACAAGAGGGAAAUUGGAAUCUUUUUGGAGAGAGUAAAGAAUUGCUAUAGUAGUGUAUAUAUGAUAUGUUUUUGCUGGUGGUCAUUACUAAUAUCUCUGUAAUUAGUUUGGUUGAAGAAAGAAGUGAAAGGGAAAAAGAAAACCUUGUGUUCUUAUGAGAGGCUUGAAUUUGUUUGAGAGCUAAGCUCUUUUGUAAUGUAAGAUAAAGAGGGUUAGUGUAUGGGAGGGUCUUUUGGUUUCAUUUGAUGAUCACCAUGAAAAAUUUCUGUAUAGUUCCUAUCGGUGAUUGAAUUUUGGUCAUUUACUCUCUAUGUAAUUCAUUAAUUGUAAUGGCUUCAUCUUUCUUUA